UAAUUUGGCACGCUUUAAAUGGGAGUGUCGCCGGUCCAAUAUGGCUUCCGUCGGUCGCAUGAUAUUCGUCUCGAAAGGUGUAAAGUACUUCGAAAGAUAUAAUUGUAACUGUUUAAAAAGAGAUUACGUCGUAUGUAAAUAUUUAACGAAGCGAUUAAAAUCAAAUUCGGCCAACGUUCUGUCGAGCCAAGAGAACGUCGAAGAGCAACCUUCGCAGAAAGAUCCUUUGGAUUUAACCUUCUCCAACACCAAAGAUGCUUACAAGAGUAAAAAAACUUUGGAACUUCUUCGGGGAUUUAUCGUCUUGAAAUUGUGUUCCUACGAUUAUCUCGUGGAAAAUCACCAACGGUUGAUGAAAGUUGGAAGACAACUUCUUACGCCAGCCUUGUUUCGCCAGCUGAUGCGCUUCACAUUCUAUGGUCAGUUUGUCGGAGGAGAGGAUGCAAAAUCUAUUAAACCAGUCAUUAAGAGACUGUAUACUUUUGGUGUCAAGUCAAUCCUGGAUUACAGUGCUGAAGAGGACAUUAGUGAACAGGAGGCAAAGGAAGCAGAAAUGAAACCUUUGAAACCUUCCACUCCUAAAGCACCUGCUGAUUCUAAAGGAAGUAAAACAGGUGAAUUAAAAAAAUAUCAAAUGUACGAAGAAUUUGCCGACCGUCGUAAACAUUAUGUGAAAGCAAGAACGUACUUUUAUCUCAGUGAAGCGCAAUGUGAAAGGAAUAUGGAAACUUUUCUAAAGUGUAUAGAUGCAGUUGCAGGGGCCACAAAAGCAACAGGAUUUGCUGCUGUUAAAUUGACUGCUUUAGGACGUCCUCAGUUAUUACUUCAAUUAUCUGAAGUUAUUGCUCUCACAAGAAAAUUCUUCAAAGAAGUAACAGGAGCGGAAGAGAGUAUGCCCCUUGCAAGCGUUUCUCCAACGACAAUGGAACUUAAAUUAGGACGUUAUAAUAUACGAACUGAUGAUGAAGAAGUUCGUAAAUGGUUUGAGAAAAUGGAUUAUGAUCGUAAAGGUUUAAUGAAUCUCUUUUCCUGGAGUGGACUUGUUGAUAUGAAUUAUGUAAUUUCUGAUCUCUUCAAAGUUCCAAGUAUACAGACUGGUAGGAUGGAACGCAUAAUUUCUGCUCUUUCCAAUGAAGAAGAAGAAAUGUUUCGAAACAUGAUGAGAAGAGUACAUCACAUAUUAAGGGUGGCUCGAGAAAGAGAUGUUAGAGUCAUGAUAGAUGCAGAACAAACUUAUUUUCAACCGGCCAUUAGUAGGAUAACUAUGGAAUUAAUGAGGAAAUAUAAUAAAGAAAAGGCUUUAGUUUUCAAUACUUAUCAAUGUUAUUUAACAGAAGCUUAUAACAAUGUUGUGUUAGAUUUAGAAUUAGCAAAAAGACAAAAUAUAUAUUUUGGUGCUAAAUUAGUUCGUGGAGCUUAUAUGGAGCAGGAAAGGCUCAGAGCAAAAAAGAUUGGUUAUGAAGAUCCCAUUAAUCCUACAUUUGAAGCUACUACAGAAAUGUAUCAUUCCACUCUUACAGAAAUUAUGAAUCAGAUAGUUGAAAGAGGCAAAGUCGAUGCUAAAAUAGCAAUUAUGGUAGCUUCUCAUAACGAAGAUACGAUACGAUUCACAGUAAAUAAGAUGGAAGAAAUGGGUAUUUUACCAGAACAUAAAUUAGUUUGUUUUGGGCAGCUUCUUGGAAUGUGUGAUCAAGUCAGUUUUUUGCUUGGUCAGGCUGGAUAUUCUGUAUAUAAAUAUGUUCCUUAUGGUCCGGUAGAUGAAGUAUUGCCCUACCUGUCACGUCGAGCCCUAGAAAAUCACGGAAUGCUUCAGAAAAUGGACAGAGAAUGCCAACUUCUGAAAAAAGAAUUGAUACGUCGCAUUCUGACCGGUCAGAUAUUUCACAAACCAAAAGGAAAUUAUAAACCUAUAUAAGAUAAGUAAUAGGUUUCUUUUAAUAAAUAAAAGAAGAGAACCAUUUGUCGAAGUUUAGUUUUAGCUUUUGGCCGACGUACUGUGAUAAUAAAGAAA